GCCCGGUGAGGCAUAAAAUCCCGGGAUUCUGGCUGGAGGCAGCUCCUGAGAUUGCUGGCAUGAAGGGGAGCCGUGCCCUCCUGCUGGUGGCCCUCACCCUGUUCUGCAUCUGCCGGCUGGCCACAGGGGAGGACUGCAAUGAGUUUUUCAUGGACUUCCUGCAAACACUACUGGUGGGGACCCCAGAGGAGCUCUAUGAGGGGCCCCUGGGCAAGUACAAUGUCAACGAAGAUGCCAAGGCAGCAAUGACUGAACUCAAGUCCUGCAUAGACGGCCUGCAGCCAAUGCACAAGGCAGAGCUGAUCAAGUUGCUGGUGCAUGUGCUGGGCAGUCAGGACGGUGCCUAAGUGGACCUCAGACAUGGCUCAGCCAUAGGACCUGCCACACAAGCAGCCAUGGACACGCCGCCCACUACCACCUCCCCACAUGGAAAUUUACCCUCAAACCGUGUAAUCAAUAAAGCCUUCCGCA